CUAAUCGCUGUCAAUUUUCAGUGGUUAACCUCAAAUUUUGGUAUUUUUAAAACGCCAAAAUGCUUACAAAUAGGUUUUUAAAUCUGCAAAAAACUGUGAGUUUGGCCAAAAAUUAUCUGCACACGUCGGGCGAACGCUACGAAAUCCAAAAACUCACAAGGCUGAGAGUUGUCGACAAUAGUGAAAUUGGGAAACAGGCCAUGGCAGAGGGAAAGCCUCCUAGAUGUAUACACGUUUAUAAUAAAACUGGAGUUGGAAGAAUAGGUGAUAAAGUUUUGGUGGCCAUAAAGGGAGAAAAGAAGAAGGGCAUCCUUGUAGGACUAAAACAAAACCAAAAAACAAAAGUUCCAAAGUUUGACAGCAAUAAUUUGGUGCUCAUCGAUGAUAAUGGGACGCCUAUGGGAACUAGAAUUCAUGUGCCAAUACCUACAAUUUUAAGGACUAUUCUGAAGGAAAAAACUCAGGCCAAAGGAGCAGAUUAUACAAAAAUUUUAGCGAUUGCCUCUAAAUUUGUAUAGUUAGGUUUUUAGUUCUUAUUGUUUAGUGGUGUAAAUAAAAUAUAAGGUUUAUUUAUUUUUGCGACUAAUUUAUUAAGUUUUUGUCUUUAUAUUUUGAAAGUUAU